AUGGGGGAAUGGACUAUUCUAGAGAGGCUACUGGAAGCUGCCGUGCAGCAGCAUUCUACCAUGAUAGGGAGGAUCCUGCUGACGGUGGUGGUGAUCUUCAGGAUACUCAUUGUGGCCAUUGUAGGGGAGACGGUGUACGAUGACGAGCAAACUAUGUUUGUCUGUAACACGCUGCAGCCAGGCUGCAACCAGGCUUGUUACGACCAGGCUUUUCCUAUUUCUCAUAUAAGGUACUGGGUGUUCCAGAUCAUCAUGGUGUGCACACCCAGCCUUUGCUUCAUAACUUACUCGGUUCACCAGUCUGCUAAGCAGAGGGAACGGAGGUACUCCACUGUCUUCCUCACCUUGGAGAGAGACCAGGAUUCAAUGAAGCGUGAGGACUGUAAGAAAAUCAAGAACACGAUUGUCAAUGGGGUGCUGCAGAACACUGAGAACUCCACCAAAGAGGCAGAACCAGACUGCUUAGAAGUGAAGGAAAUCCCCAAUCCUGCUAUCAGAACUACAAAAUCAAAGAUGAGGAGGCAAGAAGGCAUUUCUCGAUUUUAUAUCAUCCAAGUGGUCUUUCGAAAUGCCCUAGAGAUUGGAUUCUUAGUGGGACAGUAUUUUCUGUAUGGAUUCAAUGUCCCUUCCAUGUACGAAUGUGACAGAUACCCUUGCAUUAAAGAAGUAGAGUGCUAUGUCUCUAGACCCACUGAGAAGACUGUAUUCUUGGUAUUCAUGUUUGCUGUCAGUGGGAUUUGUGUGGUGCUCAAUUUGGCAGAACUGAACCACUUGGGCUGGAGAAAGAUCAAAAUGGCAGUGAGAGGAGUACAGGCAAAAAGGAAAUCCAUAUAUGAAAUCAGAAAUAAGGACCUGCCAAGAAUGAGCAUGCCUAACUUUGGCAGGACUCAGUCAAGUGACUCAGCUUAUGUGUGA